CAAAUGACUGAUUCCAGUACAAUCAUAAUAUGACAAAUGAACUGCCUUUUGCACAAAAUCUGCAUGUACAGUGAACUCUGUAUCUUCUAUGCAAAAGGAGCCCCGUAUGAGAUAUAUUGGAUCAUUCAUCUGACACCCAACUGCUGCAUGGAGACAGAAUGAGGAGAAACAGAUGCUGAGAGAGAUAGUGGAAAAAAACUUGAUUAUUUCAGAAACAAAGCAGAAUUUAAAACUGAUUGCAUUUACAGUUUCUUACUUCAGUAUGAGGAAGCUUAUAUAAAAUUUUCAUUUUUGCUAUAGUUCCCCUUUAACUAAAAGGUGAACCACCCCUUUAUUAAAUUUUUAAACUUUUUUUUGUUAGCUAAUCUGAAAGCUCCUUUACAUCAUAUGCUUAUGUUAUGUAAGUUAUUUAGGCAUGAAUUGUAAUGCAUACACAGAUAUACUUACCAAGUAACCAACCAUCUGGCAUGUGUCCAUCUUCAAAUUUUUGAAAUAAGGAGGACUGCCGAAGAACAUACGAGUCAUGUGUAGAACCUGGGAAUCCUGAUAUAACACUCAUUAUCCUAUGUUUACCAUCACAGACCAUCUGUACAUUUAUUGAGUGGAAGUGCUUUCUGUUUCUAUAUUGCUCUUCACCAUGGCGAGGAGGCCGCAGUGGAACAUGUGUACAAUCAAUUGCACCUAACACAUUAGGCAUUGCAGCUAUUCGGAAAAAUUCAAUUUUUACAUCAUCCCACUGUGCUCUAAUGAAUGUAUUCUUUAGCUUUAAGUGCAAUUGCUGUUAAAACAGUUUCUAAAUACCUUGAAAAGGUAGGUUGACUUAUGCCUGAAACAAUAGAUGUAACAGCCUGAAAGGAGCCUGUUGCUAAAAAGUGUAAUACAGCCAGUAAUUUUACUUGUCCAGGUACUGCAUGUGUCCGGCCAGUCAAAGGUUCAACUUUUUCUUUUAUAUUAUUAUAUAAGCUGAGUAUAGCCUCUCUGUUUAGGCGAUAUCUCUGAACUAUCUCACUGUCACUUAGGUUGUCAAGGUUAGUUCUUUCCAGAAAUAGUCUAGGCCUUCUGACUUUAACAAUAUUCUGGUGGUUGUCAGCGUUGUUGCUUCUAGAGGUUAUACUGUCUUCUGUGUAUUAUGGUUCUUCUUGCUAAUGAAAUCGAUAGGUCUGACAAAAUCAUCUCCAUUAUUCUCACCGACUACUCACUGUCCUGCGGCGAUCGUUAUGCGUAAUACGCAUCACACAGUAACGCUACGCACGCAACUACCACAAUCACGCGAGAUUUUGUAAUGUGUAAUAGAGAUAACACUGGACAACAGAAGAAUGGAGCAACAAUCUGUGUUAGCCAAAAAAAAAAAUUUCACCCUUGAGGAUCUGCAUUUUAUGGUUGACUACCUAGAUAAGUAUACAUAUGACAAUCCACCAGUUGUGAAUACGAAUGCUUAUAAGCACAAAGUUAUGGGAAAGUUAGUGCGAAUAUUAGGACGCAAGACUGGAGUUCAAAGAUCUAUAAAAGAAGUUCAAGUACGCUAUUCAGAUCUAAAAAGAAGGGAAAAGAAGCUAUAUUUACAGAUACUACAAGACAUAGGUAAGUCAACAGAAGCCAUGGAAAAUGAACCUGGUACAAGUCAAAAAACAGCAAGUUCCCAGGGUGAAACUUCAACAAAUGAAGCUGAAAAAAGCCAAACAUCAGAUACAAUUGAUUCAACAACUUCUACAAAUGCAAUGUCUUCAUCUAAAAAAAGAAACAAAAAGAAAAAACAUACAUGUGAUUGUGACAUUCACCUAACUGAAGUGAAAGAGAUAAUACAGAAAGUGGACAACAAAGUGGACUUUCUGCUUCAAAAAAUGGAACCCUUACUCAAGGUUUCUUUUGUAAUCCAGCAAGAUGCAGAGCAACAGUCACAAGUUUAGAAAAAUAUUUUAUUGUAGUCAUUACAUUUAGAUUUAUGGUGUUUUUUUAGAUAAAGGAAUAGUGACACAUUCCAUAUUUUAACACAUUCCAUAUUUUAACACAUUCCAUAUUUUAACUACAACAUGCCAACUUGGAAUAUAAACAGUGAAUUUUUUUUACAAAUUUUUUUCAAUUACACACACAUCCCCGCAAUACUUUGUUUUACUAACUCACAUCAGUCAGUAACUUCAUGAGUGACAUCAUACUUGAGGGGGUGUCAACUUGUCAAAAAUGUAGGAAUCUGCAUUCAGCCUAAUUGCACUUUUUAUAAUGAAAGUUCAAUCCACUCAGAAGGAUUUAACGAUCAUCCUGGAAUAUCAACCUUUCAUUGAGAAAGAGGAGAGCACUCAAACGUCUGUUUAGUGAUUAAUAUUUAUUCAUUCUGCUAAACACAGUGUUUAGCAGCAUGAAUAAACAUUUAUCAAAGCAGUUAAUCUGUGUUUGAGUGCUCUUCUCUUUCUCAUUGAAAGGGGGUGUCAAACUUCAGAGAGGUUGGAGGACAAUGUGGAGUGUGUCACUAUUCCUCUUGGGCAUUACCCUUUCUUUAUUUUCAUUGAUAAGAUAAUGCAAAAAUUGCAGAUAAUGCCAAACAUUUUUUCUAUUGUUUAAUUAUGUUAUCCUAUAUGUGACUGUGUUAAUAAUAACUGUAACACAACAGACCAUUGUGUUGCAUAGUUAAUUAAGGAGACAAUACAUAUUCAAAAAUUGAUAGAAACACAUAAGUAAAUUAUGUGUAUCUACAUAUUACAUAAGUAAUUAUGUUUUGAACAUAUGCUAUUGGGUAUUACCCUUCCUUUAUUUUCAUUGAGAAGAUAAUGCAAAAAUUGCAAAUAAUGCCAAAAAAGUUUUCCUGUGUUUAAUUAUGUUAAUCUACAGAUAAUUCUUUAAUAGUAACUAAAUUCUCAAAUGUGACUGUGAGAAUAAUAAGAGCAACUGUAACACAACAGACCAUUGUGUUGCCUAGUUAAUAAUUCAAAGUUGAUAUACAGGCAUAAGUAAACUUUACACAAUAAAAAUAAGUCUCUGGUGUA